AACUUGUGUCCACUAAUUACUAGUAAAUCCACACGAAGGCCACACACUAUGGAAGAUCCAAUCCUUCCUCGGCUCCUCGCACUUGCCAGCCUUGUGGCUCUACUUCUCGUGCUAUGGAGAUCUCGAUCCCGAACUCGCUCGAAUGAUGAGUUCAAUCUGCCUCCUGAAGUCCCGGGUGCGUGGCCCAUCAUAGGCCACCUGCACCAGCUGCGCGACCAGGUCCCACUGGCCCGGACCCUGGCCUCCAUGUCUGAUCGAUACGGGCCAGUCUUCCUGAUCCGGCUUGGAGUCCACCCUGCCGUGGUCAUCAGCACACACGAAUCCGUCCGGGAGUGCUUCACCACCCACGACCGGGCCCUGGCUUCGCGGCCCAGGUCCAAAGCUGGUAUCCACCUGGGUUACAACUAUGCGGCCUUCGGGUUCGCCCGCUAUGGACCAUACUGGCGCGAGAUGAGGAAGCUGACCAUGCUCGAGCUCCUCGGUCCUCGCCGCCUGGAGGCCUUGAGGCAUGUGCAGGUCUCCGAGAUCAACACCCUGAUCAAGGGACUCUACGACACGGUAAUAACAACUUCUGAUGGUCGUGACCGGCCUAUUGCUAUUGGCGAAAAGAAGCCCGUGAUCAUCAGCCAGUGGCUCGAACACAUGACCUUGAACGUUAUUACAGAGAUGAUCGCGGGCAAGAGGUACUUCGGGUCUCAAGACAGGGGGUUAACUGUCGAGGGAGAGGCGGCUCAUGUGAGGAGAGUGAUCAAAGAGUUCAUGCACAUCUCCGGGUUCCCUGCGAUUUCUGACCUGAUCCCGUACACCGGGUGGACGGAUUUCGUGGGGACAGUGAGGUCCAUGAAGAGGAUUGCCAGAGAAUUGGACGCAAUAGUUGGGAGUUGGGUUGAAGAACAUGAACAGAGAAGAGUCAUCGAUGGUGAUAGACGAAGAAAGGAGGACUUGGACUUCAUUGAUGUGAUGCUUUCUGUCAUUGAGGAUAAUUCCUUGUUAGGCUUCAGCAGGGAGACCAUCAUCAAGGCAACAAUUGUGAACAUAAUAGUAGCAGGAUCCGACACAACAUCGCUGAACUUAACGUGGAUCGUGUCACUCCUGCUGAACCACAAACAUGUACUAGACAAAGCCCAGGAAGAGCUCGACCUCCGAGUUGGCAGAGACAGAUGGGUCCGAGACUCAGACAUCGAAAACCUACCUUACCUUCAAGCCAUCAUUAAGGAAACCCUGCGCCUGUAUCCGCCGGGCCCCCUCUCGGUCCCCCACGAAGGCGAGGAGGACUGCACUGUAAACGGGUAUCAAAUCCCUAAGGGCACUCGGAUAUUCGUCAAUGUGUGGAAGUUGCACAGAGACCCCAGGGUCUGGUCCCACCCCCAGACUUUCCUACCGGAACGGUUCCUAUCUGCUGGCCACGCAAAGGGCAUUGAUGCUUCUGGGCAGCAUUUCGAGUUCAUCCCUUUCGGCUCGGGUAGGAGAGUCUGCCCUGGAGCUGCAUUUGCCCUGCAGGUGACACAUCUAACAUUGGCUCGACUGCUACAAGGUUUCGAUAUGGCGACACCUGGGAAUGCUCCGGUGGACAUGACUGAAGGUCUAGCAGUAACCUUGCCGAAGGCAAACCCAGUAGAAGUUAUCCUCACGCCUCGCUUGCCAGCCAAGCUAUUCGAAGAAUUGACUGGAAUUAGCAAUUAGGCCUGUCUCGUCGUAAACAAGUAAUGCACUACAAGCCAGCGUUUAUAUCAGCUUGAGUUUGUAUGAACCCUUAAAUGUUUGUAUAUCCGGUUCUCUAUGUUCCUAUAUUAAGAGCAGAAGAAAUUCUAUUUCUA